UGUCACAAACAGAAUGCUUUAUUUCUGUAAAAGCUGACUACUCUCACAAUUGCAAUCUCGCCCGAAGUUUCUUGCUUCUAACUCGUCGCUAUAUCAUCGACAUGUUGAAUCCGCUAGUGCUUACGGCCCUGUUGCUGCUCGCUGCUUACCUCUACAACAGGCUCCGAUACAAGCGAUUUCAGCAGUAUGCCAGCAUCCCACAGCUACCCCCUUCCCUGCUGCUAGGCCACCUCAAGUAUAUGGGUGACUACCUCGCGCAGGGUCCCGCGGAUCGUCAUCCAGAUAGCGUCUUCAUACAAAUGAAUAAUGACCUAGGUAGACCGCCGCUAAUGUUGGUGGACCUCCGGCCUAUUAAUCGACCAAUGGUCCUUAUUCGUAGUCACGACAUCGCCGAGCAAAUAUCCAAAGCCUCCAAGCUCUAUCCAACAAGUACCCCUAAAUCAGAUUUAGGAUAUUUGGAACCUGUUAUAGGACCGACAUCUAUCUUAACCUUGCAUGGCGAAAGAUGGAAGGCACUUCGAAAGAGGUUCAGCCCUGGAUUUGCGCCCCAAUAUCUCACGACUCUGUUGCCGUGCAUUCUAGACAAGACUAUGACCUUUAUAGAGCAUUUGGACUCUUUCGCGAAGACAGGUAGCGAUUUCCAACUUGUCCAUUUAGGAGUCAAUUUAACAUUUGACAUUAUCGGCGCUGUUGUCGUGGGCGAGGACCUUGGCGCCCAACGUGCCGAUCCGUCGAGCCAAAGCGAGCUUAUCAGAAUUUACAGGGAGCUUCUCAGCGCCUACGCCGACGACAAGGCCGACCUCCCUUGGUGGCUAAUUCCUCGUGCAACAUUGAAGCGCUACAGCCUCGGGAAGCGCGUCGAUACGAUUGUGAAAGCUAUGAUCUGUCGUAACCAGAGCGUCAAAAGUGAUGAUCCCCGCAACAUUCUUUCGCUUGCCUUGCAGGAUACCGGAGUUCUUACCCCGCAACUCUUGGAUGAGGCCUGCGAUCAAAUCAAAACCUUCUUGUUCGCCGGCCACGAUACGACUAGCACAACACUCGCAUGGAUUUUUUACGAGCUGUCCCUCACGCCACAUGCUCUUAAAGCCGUCCGAGCUGAACUCGAUAACAUUUUUGGCCCCACAACAAGCGUGUAUGAGGUACGUGCGCGACUGCUUUCUCCCGAUGGUCCGGAUGCAUUGCGCGGUAUGAAAUACGUUUCGGCAGUUAUUAGAGAAACGCUUCGUCUACAUCCACCUGCCGCGACAGCACGGAUGUCGAAGCCUGGCGCCGGAUUGACGGUGCGUGCACCAGACGGCCGGGAGCAUUGUCUCGAUGGGAUGAUAAUCUAUAACUGCGAAACUUUAAUACAUCGGGACCCUGAGGUAUAUGGUGGCUUGGCCGAUUCCUUCGUGCCGGAGCGGUGGAUCGGUCAAGAUUAUGAGUCGACGGAGAGGAAUCCAACCGAUUCGUCCUUCCCUCCUAGUGCAUGGAGAGCCUUCGAGCGCGGUCCUCGAAACUGCAUUGGACAGGAGUUCGCCACGAUCGAAUUACGCAUUAUUAUCGCCGUUAUUGCCCGUCGAUACGAUUUCACCAAAAUUGGUCUCGGAGAAAUCAAGUUGGAUGAAGACGGUCUGCCGAUUUUGGUUGAUGGAAAUAGAUUCGAAGUUCAGUCGGAACUCUAUAAUACACGUCAGGUCACCUCCAAACCCGUUGAUGGGAUGAAAAUGAAGGUCAAAAUGUUAUAAUUCGAUUAGCUAUAUUUAACUCGGGAUGCGUCUUUUAUUAGGGUAAGCUACUACACUGCAGCAUCGCAAGAAAUUUUAAGUGUAAAAACCCCCACUAGUCUUGCGAGUUAGGAUACUAAUUACCGGAUUUAAGGGGAUAAUAGUGCAAGAUAUUUGUGUCUGAUUGGCUAUCUAGAUGGGGCAUUCCGUAAAGGGCAACUACUUAAGUCUCUAGUAGUCUCUCAUUGGGCAGGGCAUAUUUUAGUGGAUACUUAGGUAUCUCGGUACCUUUGUAGUCUCUCUACUUUGAUAGACCUCUUUCGUGGGGUUGCGUGGGCAAAACUCUCGUAGUCUAAAAUUAUCCUGGAAAUACACUAGACGAUCAUUCCUUCGGGUGUUCGGAAUUCCAUUUAUGUGUGCUUGAUGGAUACUAGAAAAAAUUUCGAGUCUUCGAGGCUGUAGACAGUUGUUAGCUAGUUAGUCCUGACGAAAAUGACGUGGCAACUGUAGAGUUUGUAGUAAAUCGCUGUUUUUAGCUCCCCAGCCCUGGAAUACCUGUAAGAAUCUAUAAGUCGGGCGAUAGCUUUAAUAUCACGGCCUCUUGGGUAUUGGUCGCUCCAUAUAAGGCAAAGGAGGCUUGGUAUGUUAGGGUAGCAAUGUUCUAGAUCGUCAUUUGGAAUAGCAGAAGAUGUAAAUUUGAUGG